UUUAUAAGAAAGAACAAGAAAAUAUUAAAGAAUAUUUCUUCAAUCCUAUAUAAAACAGUGAGAGCAGGCCCUUCAGGUUGAACAGUCUUUGUUAUGCAACUAAACGAAAGUGAAAUAAUGGAUUCCCGGGAGACGGAACCGGAACCAUGGUUGCUCGAAAACGGCACCGUCAAGCGGCUAACCAGAGAGUCCAGAAACGGCCUUGGACAUAAUCGGACUGCUCACAACCUGUCCUCCUCCUCCCUUCGUAAAAAGUCCGAUUUGUCCCUCAUCUCCACACUUCCUUCCUCAUCUCUCAGGAAUUUCCUUGGCAACCUCCAGGAGGUCAUUUUGGGAACUAAAUUAUCACUUCUUUUUCUCGCCGUCCCACUCGCCGUCGCCGCUCAUUACUUCCGGUUGUCACAGGCAUGGAUUUUUUCGUUGAGUUUACUUGGAUUGAUUCCGCUUGCAGAGCGUGUUAGUUUUCUAACGGAACAAAUAUCAUUCUAUACCGGCGCAACAGUGGGAGGGCUAUUAAAUGCAACAUGUGGAAAUGCAACGGAACUUAUCAUAUCAAUAUUUGCAUUAAUACAACACAAAGUGGAUAUUGUCAAAUACUCUCUUUUGGGUUCCAUCCUAUCCAACUUACUUCUCGUUCUUGGAUCCUCUCUCCUUUUCGGUGGCAUCACAAAUCUUUCAAGGGACCAAAAAUUUGAUAGGAAACAAUCAGAUGUGAAUAUAUCUCUACUACUUCUAUCUUUACUUUGCAAUGCAAUUCCCUUGCUAUAUAAACAUGCUGUUUCACCUGUUGAUUUGGUAACUGUGACAAAAGCAACAUUAAAUUUGUCAAGAGCCACUAGCAUUAUCAUGCUCCUUGCUUACUUCGCUUACCUUUCCUUUCAACUAUGGACUCACAACCAUAUCUUUGAACCACAAGAGGAUGAGGCCAAGGAUGACAAGGUGAUUGGGCUUUGGAGUGGCAUAUUUUGGCUAAUUGGAAUGACGGCCGUUAUCGCAUUGUUGUCUGAAUAUUUAGUUGACACUAUUGAGGCGGCAUCAAAUUCAUGGGGAAUGCCAUUGAGCUUCACUAGCAUCAUUUUGCUACCAAUUGUGGGAAAUGCAGCUGAGCAUGCUGGAGCUGUCAUCUUUGCUUUGAAGAACAAGCUGGAUAUAACUCUCGGCGUGGCACUUGGUUCCGCAACUCAAAUUGCUGUUUUUGUGGUCCCACUGAGUGUAAUUGUUGCAUGGAUAAUUGGUGUGAACAUGGAUCUUGAUUUUAGUCUUCUUCAAACCGGAUCACUUUCUCUAGCAAUUUUAGUCACAGCCUUCACGUUGCAGGAUGGGACUUCUCACUACCUUAAAGGGGUGGUUCUGUUGUUGUGCUACAUAGUUAUCGGGGCAAGUUUUUUCAUCACCGAUUUCCCUAAUGAGGACAUGGAUAACAAUAUGGGUGUGGGACUUGAAUCAUCAAAACGAUAAAUCUCUAGAGUCUGAAGGAACAAGGAUUUGUUGUGAAAAUUUUCAAAUACAAUGGUGAGAAAAUUAGUUUUCAUUUUUUUCUUCAAAUUUACAUAGUUAGGCAUGUUAACAUGUAUGUCAUCUGAUGUAUCCAGUAACAUAUAAUAUUAACGUAUGAUAAAAAAAAGUUUGAUUCUC